GGGCGCAGCGCGGCGGAGCGCUGCGCACACGCGCCGCGGCACCGCCAGCGGCUCUUCCUCCUUUGACACAAAAGCUGCUUGGGAAAUGGCAUUUCUCCGCGGAGCCGCACGCAGACGCAAUUUUCUUUUUUCUUUUUCCCCCCUUUUUCUUGCGACCUUUUUCUUGCGCUCUUUUUUGUCAAAAAAAAAUUAAUUGCAUAAUUUUUUUCCCUUCUUCCCCCCCCAUCCCCCUUUCCGUGCGCGCUCGUGUGUGUGGAAGCACUGGGCUCGGGCGAUCCGCGUCUGAAUGAAACUACGACGUAAACGCAUAUGUCUGUACGUUGCACUGGAGGGAAAAACGGAGCGCUUCUGCGAGAGCUUGGAUUCAAAUGUCUGUUUCAUCUGCUCUUGAGGAUUUUUGGUCUCUUUGGGGUUGUUCGCCUUCCUGGGCUCCCAGGCGGGAUUUUCUGAGCUUUGAGAUAUCUUUGGAGAUGGCUGUUAAACAGGAGUCUGGGAAAAGAUAUUUGAAAAUAUAGCGAUAUUUUUUUUUGUCCCUUUCCCAUCCCCUUGGUGACUUGAAGCAUCAGAGCGGCCAGAACUUAACGUUUCUGAAGACUUGUGAUGUUUGGGUUUUGCUGUUGCUAUUUUUUUUUAGAGGAAACUUGACAGAGGAACAUAUUUAUAGUCCAAGUAAGUACUUUACAGAGGAAAUUUACUUUGUGUAACUUAAAAAAGCAGUGUUGAGAUUUCUAGCUUAAAGCACAUUGGAUUAACGCUCAUCCAAGGCUGUUUAGCAAAUCAUAUUGAAUUGCAGUUUUUAUGGUGUGUGUUCGUCUGCUCCUUCAUGUUCAUGGUAGUUCAGCACCUAGGGGAAAAUGCACCUGAUUUUGCCUAAGUAAGAUAUUUUUUUACAUGUAUUUCAACACCAAGGAGGAAAUGUUUCUAAAGUAAAUAUAUAGUAAGUAAUAAGUGUGCAUCUGGAAGUAAGAUAUUUCAACGUUUUAAUCCCUAUUUAUACUGUGCAUCUCAAACCGAGGAGGAAACACUGAGAAGACCAAAGUACCUCCAAGACCCCGAGAACUCCCCCACAUCACCAUGAAUGAAACCGUGUCUGAUACAGUAACUGGAUUAUAAUUUUUGGUGUUAUUAAUUUUAUUAUCGUUGGCUGCUUUACUUUUUUGGGUUCAUCCUGCUCCUCUUCUUCCUCUCUCCCUUCCUCUUGCUGCUUCCUCCUGGAAAUUAUGGCUCAUCCGGGGAGAAGAGGCUACGAUAACCGGGAGAUAGUGCUGAAGUACAUCCAUUAUAAACUCUCGCAGAGGGGAUACGCCUGGGCUGCCAGCGGCGACCGGGCGCCAGCCUCUCCGGGGCUCUCUCCUCCUGCUGCUGCUGCUCUUGCUGCUGCUGGGACUUCCUCUGAUCACACUGGGCUGGUGUCUCCGCACCCCGAGCCCCCCGGCUCGGCUGCUGCUAGUAACGCGGCCCCUGGUGAUGGGCUGCGCCCGGCGCCACUGGUGGUCCACCUCGCCCUGCGCCGAGCCGGGGACGAGUUCUCCCGCCGCUACCAGAGGGACUUUGCCCAAAUGUCCGGCCAGCUGCACCUGACGCCCUUCACGGCCAGAGGCCGCUUCGUGGCGGUGGUGGAGGAGCUCUUCCGAGACGGGGUCAACUGGGGGAGGAUCGUGGCCUUCUUCGAGUUCGGUGGCGUCAUGUGCGUGGAGAGCGUCAACCGGGAGAUGUUCCCCCUGGUGGACAGCAUUGCCACCUGGAUGACCGAGUACCUGAACCGGCACCUGCAUAACUGGAUCCAGGACAACGGCGGCUGGAUCAGUUCUGACUGAAAAUGAAGCCAAUUAUCAAGAACAAUAAAUAAAAAAGAAGCGCACAUUGCUUCUUCUGCACUGGAAGGAAGAACAGUAAGUUGAGACAAAACAAAUUUGGUUGCCAAGUCUAAGUACCAAAGGCAGCAAGGAGAACUCAGGCCCCAUCCUAAUUAAAGAGAUCUAAACACAAUGAAAACAUAUUGUACUGAUGUCAUAUGCUAAAAUAUUUAUAAUUGCACAAAAGGAGUUGCAGCCUAUUGAAAACAUUUACAGAGCUCACCAUUCCUGUGAGCUAAGGAGAAGUAUGACCAAGAAAAGGGCUGGUUUUGCUCAAACAUAAGCCCAGUGGAAGUUUUGCUGUUACGGUUUCUUCUGUGAGGUCCAGUAUUACCUUUCCACUUCAUCUUAUCGCUUACUAGAUAAACUAAGAGCACUACUGCCUUUAUAUCUGAAGGCAGGAGAUAGUAUCUGUCAAGACUUGCCAUUCCCUCACCCCCGGGUGCUGCUUUGCAGUCGCCCGAGCUGGAACCGCUUCAGUUGCUGGGAAGCUGCUUGCAACCUGAGGGCCCUUCGCAUCGAUCCAGCAUGCCACAACGCCUACGGGAGGGAAAGGGGCUCCUGAAAGGAAAGGUGAUGGCAAAGGAGAGCAAGGACGGCAGUUUCCUCCGAUACGUUUGCCAGAAACAAGAUUCAGUUAGCUAAGAAGAAAUCCUCUUGCCUGCAUGCUGCAGGGAAAUAGUGGGGAAAAAUCGGCAUGUUGGAAAUCACAGUUCCACUCAACAGAGAGGAAUCAGAGAGAUCCACAGCUGUGUGAACGGGGAUUUUGAAAAUGCGAGCAAGACGGAUUGAACUGAGUUUUCAAAGCUGUGUGUAACAGGGAAGCAGGACAGAAUGCAUGGGUGUCUCUUAAUGCCUCGGAGCCUGCUGUCUAAACGUGAAUUUACCUGUGUAUAUUUGGUAAACAAGAUCCCCAGUAUAUAUUCCCACAGAAGCUUAUUGCUCAUAUGCUCGCUUACUUAAUGCUUUUUGCGGUAUAAAAAUAGGUUUUUGGCUGCACAUCAUGUACUUAUUGGAGUAGGAACUUUUCAAAUGUGCCUCAGUUUAAUA